AUGUCUACCAAAGCUAUCCGAGAGUUCGACGCCAAGCAGCUCGUUUCCUACUGGCUCAACCGAUCCCCUACUCCUAUCCCAACCAAGAGUGAUUCUUCUCUCUCAGCUGCUCAAGUAGCUCAAGUGGAAUGGGAUCCCGUCACCAAGCAACUCUCUCCUCCUAUUAAACCAGGUCAAGGUCUCCCUGACUGGGUCUUCACCUCCAAACUCGUUGGCAAGCCUGAUCAACUUAUCAAGCGAAGAGGAAAGGCUGGACUCCUCUGUCUCAACAAGGGAUGGGAAGAGACUGGUGCCUGGAUCGAACAAAGAGCCGGUAAACCCGUUACUGUCGAAUCAACCACCGGUACCCUCAACACCUUUAUCAUUGAACCUUUCUGCCCUCACCCUGCCGAGACUGAAUACUACGUCUGUAUCAACUCUACCAGAGAAGGUGAUUGGAUCCUUUUCACUCACGAGGGUGGUGUUGAUGUUGGAGAUGUUGAUGCCAAGGCUUUGAAGUUGCUCUUACCUGUCGGUGAGGAGUUCCCUACCCGAGAAAACCUCAUCAGCACCCUUCUUGCCAAUGUCGCUCCUGCCAAGCAAGAUGUUCUUGCCGAUUUCUUGAUCAGACUCUACGCUGUAUACGUCGACUUGCACUUCGCCUACCUCGAAAUCAAUCCUCUCGUUGUCCUCGACGCUGCUGAAGGCAAACCCGCCGAAAUUCACUACCUCGACAUGGCUGCCAAGCUCGAUCAAACCGCCGACUUCCUGUGUGGACCUAAAUGGGCUAUCGCUCGAGACACCGUCACUCCCUCUGCCGGCUCCUCCGCUAUCAAGGCUGAUCGAGGACCUCCUAUGGUCUGGCCUGCUCCUUUCGGUCGAGAUUUGACUAAAGAGGAAGCUUACAUCCAGAAACUCGAUGCCUCAACUGGUGCUUCCCUCAAACUUACCGUUCUUAACCAAGCCGGUCGAGUAUGGACCAUGGUAGCUGGUGGUGGUGCCUCUGUCGUCUACUCCGAUGCUAUCGCUGCUGCAGGUUUCGCCCACGAACUUGCCAACUACGGUGAAUACUCGGGAGCUCCAACUGAAGGUCAAACCUACGAAUACGCCAAGACCAUCAUCGACUUGAUCGUCCGAGGUGAACCUCACCCUGAGGGUAAAGUACUCAUCAUCGGUGGUGGUGCUGCCAACUUCUCGGACGUCGCUGCUACCUUCAAAGGUAUCAUCCGAGCUCUCAAGCAAUUCAAGGAAGGUCUUCUCCGACACAAGGUUUCCAUCUGGGUCCGAAGAGCUGGUCCUAACUACCAAGAAGGUCUCAAAGCUAUGCGACUUUGUGGUGAAUCCAUUGGUGUCCCCAUGAAAGUCUACGGUCCCGAAUCCCCUAUCACCGCUAUCGUCCCAAUGGCUCUCGGUAUUCAACGACCUGCCUCUGCCGCUACCCGAGACGUAACUCCUAUUGCUUCUUCUCCUGCUUCCCCCUCUGUCAACGGUUCGACUCCCCUCCCCGGGUCCGGUGAACCAGCCGCUGUCGGAAGCGUAAAGGCUGAUGGCUCCCGAGAACAACCCAACGACCACAUCGUUAGAUUCGAAACUGAGAAACUCGGCUCUCGACCUUGGUUCAGACCUUUCGACGAACACACCAGAUCUUUCGUCUUCGGUCUCCAACCCCGAGCUAUCCAAGGAAUGCUCGAUUUCGACUUCUCAUGUGGCCGAAAGACCCCUUCCGUCGCUGCUAUGAUUUACCCAUUCGGUGGUCACCACAUCCAAAAGUUCUACUGGGGUACUAAAGAAACCCUUCUUCCAGUCUACACCUCCGUCGGUGAGGCCAUCAAGAAGCACCCAGAUGUUGAUGUAGUCGUCAACUUUUCGUCUUCUCGAUCAGUCUACGCUUCUACCCUCGAUAUCCUUACCUACCCCCAAAUCAAAGCUAUCGGUAUCAUCGCUGAAGGUGUACCUGAAAGACACGCUCGAGAGCUCCUCCACCUCGCUGUCAAGAAGGAAGUCAUCAUCAUCGGUCCUGCUACUGUAGGUGGUAUCAAGCCUGGUUGUUUCAGAAUUGGUAACACCGGUGGUAUGAUGGACAACCUUAUCGCCUGUAAACUCUACCGACCUGGUUCCGUCGGUUACGUCUCCAAAUCUGGUGGUAUGUCCAACGAAUUGAACAACAUCCUUUCUUACACCACCAACGGUGUUUACGAAGGUGUUGCUAUUGGUGGUGAUCGAUACCCCGGUACCUCCUUCAUCGACCACUUGCUCAGAUACGAAGCUGAUCCCGAGUGUAAAUUACUCUUACUCUUGGGUGAAGUUGGUGGUACCGAAGAAUACCGAGUCAUUGAAGCCGUCAAGAAAGGUAUCAUCAAGAAGCCUAUUGUUGCUUGGGCUAUCGGUACUUGUGCCAAGAUGUUCACCUCCGAGGUUCAAUUCGGUCACGCCGGUUCUAUGGCCAACUCCGACUUGGAAACCGCUGAUGCCAAGAACAGAGCUAUGAAAGCUGCUGGUUUCAUCGUUCCCGACACCUUCGAAGACCUUCCUGAAGUUCUCAAGGCCACUUAUCAGAAACUCGUUUCAGCUGGUGCCAUCGUACCCAAAGCUGAAAUUGAACCUCCUCAAAUUCCUAUGGACUACCAAUGGGCCUCUAAACUUGGUCUUAUCCGAAAACCCGCUGCUUUCAUCUCCACCAUCUCCGAUGAGCGAGGUCAAGAACUCAUGUACGCCGGUAUGCGAAUUUCCGAUGUCUUCAAGGAAGAACUUGGUAUCGGUGGUGUUAUCUCAUUGCUUUGGUUCAAACGAAGACUCCCUGCUUUCGCUUGUAAAUUCAUCGAAAUGGUUCUUCAACUUACUGCCGAUCACGGACCUGCCGUGUCUGGUGCUAUGAACACCAUCAUCACUGCUCGAGCUGGUAAAGAUCUUAUCUCUUCCCUCGUCGCUGGUCUUUUGACCAUUGGUGAUCGAUUUGGUGGUGCUCUUGAUGGUGCUGCUGCUGAGUUCUCUCGAGGUGUCUCAUCCGGACUCACCCCAAGAGAGUUUGUCGACCAAAACAGAAAAGCCAACAAGCUUAUCCCAGGUAUCGGACACAAGAUCAAGUCCAAGACCAACCCUGAUCUCCGAGUUACUCUUGUCGUCGACUACGUCAAGAAACACUUCCCAUCCCACAAGACUUUGGACUUUGCUCUUGCCGUCGAGGAUGUGACCACCCAAAAGGCCAACACCCUUAUCCUCAACGUUGACGGUGCCAUUGCUGCCUCGUUCUGUGACUUGCUCUCUGGAUCCGGUGCUUUCACUGAGGAGGAAGCUGCCGAAUACCUCAAGAGCGGUACCCUCAAUGGUCUCUUCGUCUUGGGUCGAUCGAUCGGUUUCAUCGGUCAUUACCUCGAUCAAAGACUCCUCAAACAACCUCUUUACAGGCACCCUGCGGAUGAUAUCUUCAUCAACAUGCAAGAGCGAGUUGUCUUCCAACCCGGUUCCGCUUAA